AUGGCGCAGGACGCACAAACCUCUCCGCCCCGGCGGCCAUGGGGUUCUCUUUUCUCCCGGAAGUCCGCUGGAGAGCAGGGCUCUGGCGAGAAAGCCAGCUCGCCUAAUAAGUGGACACUGGGAAUCCUAGAGGACAAGGAGACGAUUGAAGUCCCAGGCUCCGUGCUAUUGCUAGCCUCUGACCAUAAUGAACCUCUUGGGCUACGUAAUGCUCCGGCAAGGACAUCUCACUCGUCCAUUCCCAGUGGCGUGAUCAACCAGCUGCCAGAGGAGCCGCAGGAAGCCCCGAAGAAGAAGACUCCGGAUGGCAAGAUCAUUCUAGAUCCUCAACCCGAGGAUUCCGUCAACGACCCACUCAAUUGGCCGGCGUGGCGGCGUGAUAUCGCCCUACUAUCGUUGGGUCUCUUCUGCAUGGUGGGCGGCGGCACUACCCCCUUGCUUGCGGCAGGCUUCACAGACGUUGCCGAGGAGUACGGUGUCAACGUACACGACGUUUCGCUUACCACUGGCCUCUACAUGCUGGGCAUGGGCCUUGGAUCCAUCAUUUUCUCCCCCACUGCCAUUUUAUACGGCAAGAGGCCGGUUUACCUCUUCGGCGCUGUUCUCUACAUGGCCACCUCGAUUUGGUGCGCUGCCUCGCCCAACUUCACCUCGCUCGUCGUAGCCCGCAUUUUCCAGGGCAUCGCGGUCAGCCCGGUCGAAUGCCUGCCGUCGGCUACCAUCGCUGAGAUCUUCUUCCUCCACGAGCGCGCUUUCCGGAUCGGAAUCUACACCCUCUUGUUGCUUGGCGGCAAGAACCUUGUUCCCCUGGUCAGCGCCGGCAUCAUCCAGAGCAUGGGAUGGCGUUGGGUGUUUUGGAUCGUCGCUAUUGUAGUUGCCUUCUGCGGCCUCCUCCUGUUCUUCUUCGUCCCAGAGACCUUCUGGGACCGUGCCCCCCAACCCCGCAAGCUCAAGAAGUCAAAGUCGAGGCCGAGUAUCUUCCGACGCCUCUCGUCCAGGCCGGAUAUCCUGCAUGCGACACCAGUCCCAACCGCGCGACCAUCAUUCGAGCGUCCCGAGCAUGGUCCGACAACGCCGCUCACGCCGGGCACGCGCGCCAAAGGCCAGCACGUUGCGUUUGCUCCGGAGGAGAAGGUGAAGUUUGCCGACACGUCGAGUGAAUCCUCCGCGAGCGGGUCUGGAGCAGAGCAAGCCGCCGACAACGCACCGGGGACUGACAAGCCGAAGACGACUGGUGAGGACACCGCAAACGCCGAGGAUCCAGGGUAUUUCCCAGUAAUCGCCGUGCGGCCGCCUUCCCCGGCCAAGCUGCAGGUGCCCGAGACACCCAAGACACCCAGGACGCCCGAGACACCCGCCAUGCAUCUCAGCGCUAACCAUGGCGUACACAACGACGCCGACACCGAAUCGCAAUCCAUCCACAGCUACCAAACAACGGGCCAGUUGGCCUACACCGCCGCCCUGCGCGACCAGCCUGCUCGUUCAUUUGCUCAGUCGCUGAAGCCGUACAACGGGCGUUUGAACAAAGACAAAUGGCACAAGGCUGCCAUCAGGCCGCUGAUCCUUUUCAGCUACCCUGCCGUUCUCUGGUCCUCGGUCGUCUAUGCUUGCUCAGUUGGCUGGCUCAUUGUCAUCUCGGAAUCCGUGGCGGUCAUCUACCGCGAGGGGGUUUACGAGUUCAACGCGCUCCAGACGGGCCUCGUUUACAUUAGCCCCUUCGUUGGUGGCAUCCUCGGCUCCGCGGUGGCGGGCAGGGUUUCGGAUGUUAUCGUCAAGGCUAUGGCGCGACGGAACGGCGGCCUGUACGAGCCCGAGUACAGGUUGGUCAUGGCCAUCCCCAUCGCCAUCACCACCGUCAUUGGCCUCAUGGGUUUUGGCUGGUCCGCGCAGAUCCACAACCACUGGAUGGUGCCCACGGCUUUCUUCGGAAUCAUCUCGUUUGGCUGCACCAUGGGCUCGACGACAAGCAUCACGUUCUGCGUCGACAGCUACCGGCAGUACGCAGGCGAAGCCCUGGUCACACUCAACUUCAGCAAGAACGUGCUGCACGGGCUGGUUUUCAGCCUGUUCGUCACUGGGUGGCUUUCCGAUGACGGUCCCAAGGCCGUGUACAUCUGGAUCGGCAUCAUCCAGCUAAUUUUGUUACUCUUCACCAUCCCCAUGUACAUCUACGGCAAGCGGAUGCGCAUGUGGACGGUGCGCAAGAACUUCAUGGAGCGUUUCUAA